AUGGCCGCCUCACUAACAGAGCCUAGAAAAGAUGAUCUGCCCAAUCUCCUGCGAACGCCACACCAACAUCCAAAGAUUUACCGUCCUUCGAGACCUCACGUCCAUCGCGACUACAGCUUUCGGGGCGAAGCGCUUGCCAGCAUCAGCCACAUUGCCCAUUUGUCUGUCACCACCAAGACGAAAGAUUCAGCGGUCGCCUGGCGCGCCCACUUCCUCGAUGGAAAACUCGCGCCGGCGAAACCGGGCCAGUCGGCUGAGCCUAAGAAGGUCGCCGGCCGCGACGGAACGCAGAUCAGUGUCGAGGACCUCUUUUUCAACAUACCGACACGGCGGCGUGCUUUCCGCUCACCGUCUGAGGAGUACAACAAGAUCAUCGACAUGGUCGGCCGCUACGCCAUACACUGUCAGGGCGUCGCCUUUUCUUGCAAGAAGCAGGGCGAGUCGGGCGCGAGCGUCUCCGUGCAGGCGAGCGCCUCGACGACUGAUCGCGUGCGGCAGAUCUAUGGUUCCAGUGUUGGCAACGAGCUGAUUGAAUUUGCAACGUCCGACGAUCGUUGGGCUUUCAAGGCCGACGGCCUGGUGACGAAUGCCAACUAUCACAUCAAAAAGACGACGUUCCUGCUCUUCAUCAACCAUCGCUGUGUGGAGUCGACGACCAUCAGAAAGGCCAUUGAGCAGGUAUAUGCCACUUUCCUUCCCAAGAACGGUCGCCCCUUUAUCUACCUGAGCCUGGAGAUUGACCCGGCCCGUGUCGACGUCAACGUCGUGUGUGAGCAGGUUCGUACCAAGCUAGCGGAAGUAGACACCAGCCGAACUUUCAUGACCCAGACCUUGCUGCCGGGCGCACAGUGGACCGACGCGGCGUCAAAAUCAGCUGUUGAAGACGGUGAUGGCGCUCCUCCACUGGCGGCCACAUCGGGAUCCAGUCGGCCGCGUAGAAAUUCUAAGAACCUCGUACGAACCGAUACAUCCCUCCGCAAGAUCACAAGCAUGUUCACUGCAGUACCCGCAACUGAUCAGGACGAAAACAACACGGGAGCGGGAGAUGACGAUGUCCUCGCUGCGCCCGAGAACAUCCAGUACGCAACAGUGGACAAGGAGUCCACGGUUUGUCGUCUCAGCAGCAUCAAGGAGCUUCGAGCUGCCGUCCGAGACGAUAUGCAUCACGACCUGACCGAGGUGUUUGCCGGCCAUACGUUUGUCGGAAUUGUUGAUGAACAGCGGAGGCUGGCGGCCGUUCAAGGCGGGGUCAAGCUGUAUCUGAUCGAUUACGGCUUCGCCUGCUUUGAGUACUGCUACCAGAUUGGCCUGACCGACUUUGGCAACUUUGGCUCCAUACGCUUUAGUCCGCCGUUAGAACUCAAGGAGCUGCUGCGGAUCGCCGCACGCCAGGAGAAGGCAGAGGUCCAAUCACCUGAAGACGAUUUCGAGGUGGAGGAUGUUGUCAGACGCGUGGCAGAGCAAUUGAUCGAGCGCCGAGAGAUGCUGCUCGAGUACUUCUCGCUCGAGAUUACACCGUCAGGCGAGCUCAGAACGAUGCCGCUGCUCAUCAAGGGCUACACGCCACCGCUGGUGAAGCUGCCGCGGUUCCUCCUCCGACUGGGCCCGUAUGUCGAUUGGACGAGCGAGACGGCGUGUUUCGAGACGUUUCUCCGGGAGCUCGCGUCAUUCUACGUGCCGGAAAAACUGCCCCCGCGCAAAGGGCGUGCAGACAGCAGCGAGACUGCAGAGGUGACCACGAGGCGCAAGAACAUUCGAUGGGCGAUUGAGCAUAUUUUCUUUCCCGCAUUUAAAGCACGCUUGGUGGCAACGACGCCACUGAUGAAAGGCGGCGUGCUGGAGGUCGCAGAUUUGAAGGGACUGUAUCGCGUGUUUGAACGGUGUUGA